UCAAAACACAUGCUGAUAAACAUACUGUUGUGGACUGCAAGACACAUUCAGCUAUCCGACUGAAGUUUACGGUUCAAUGUUUUUGAACAACUUUUAUACGUAUUUCACAAUUUGAUUCUUAAGAUACUUGGUUGUAAAAUAUGAAUCCUCAUUGUGCAAGAUGUGGGAAAAUUGUUUAUGUGACGGAAAAAGUGAACUGCUUGGAUAAGAUUUGGCAUAAAGGAUGUUUCCACUGUGAGGUGUGCAGAAUGACUCUAAAUAUGAAGAACUACAAAGGCUAUGAGAAGAAGCCCUAUUGUAAUGCGCAUUAUCCAAAGCAAUCAUUUACCAUUGUUGCGGACACUCCUGAGAACCUCCGACUGAGACAGCAAAGUAUGCUUCAGAGCCAGGUGAAAUACCGCAAAGAUUACGAGGGAAUGGGCUCACAAGGUGUCACUCAGGGAGGCUACGCUCAGUCUCAAGUGUGGCAGGACAACAAGACAUCUGAGCACCCGGCACACAAACGUGUGCACCAAUACAUCAUGGAAAUGGCCCACAGGCCAGGCAUCAUCGUAGGUGGGCAUCCUCCAUUAUUGUUACCAUUUUAUAAUACUGUACACUUAAGGUAAGCAGGAUGCUCUUCAGCAUCAUUAUACAUUC